AUGGACUCAAUGGUUCGGGCGUUGGCCUUAUGCAGCGAUGACCUGGAAAGCGAAGAGGAUGUUAAUCUCUCUAUCGCUACAGCCUUGGGCCAGCCCUUGAAUCGGGAGGCCACUAUCAACCAGACGCUACCACAGGUCCUAGGAGAUGCACCAGAAUCGGUACAAUUCUCGAUGUUGGAACCGAGGUGCAUCACAGCAACACAAAUCUUCAAAACUUUACUCUUCCAGAUAUCAAACAGAAGGUACGAUGUGGAGCAUCCUCUACUGGCCCAACAUAUGAUGAAGUUAAUCUAUGGGCUUUGUCGGGAAGCCCCUGCAGCCGUUGAUCACCUACUGCGCUCUCCAGAUCUAACAUCAGCUGCUAUCAAAGAGACCUUCUUCGCAAUUGCGGUCACGUUUGGGCAAUCACUGCUAGUUUCCAAAUUCUUGGCAGCUGGCAAAAAUCCCAAUCUUCCCAUGAGUUAUGGUAUGCAGUUCGAUAUUUGUCUGUGCCGAGGCAGAGCCAAUUUCGUCCGAGAACAGAAUACUGUGUGGCAAGUCACGCGCUUGCAGCUCGCUUCUUCAGCGUGUGACGUUCAAAUGGCCACUGUACUGCUGGAGUACGGGGCAAGGCCAGAUCUUGGAAAUCCUACUCCGCUGCAGAUUGUCUGUUCUCGAUCACCAGGACCUCAUACGAUGAAACUCGCCAAACUGCUUUUACGUUACGGCGCACAGCUAGACACUGCCCAACAUAAUAUUCUGCUCCCUCCUCUUCUAGAAGCAGUGGCUUGUCAAAACAAAGAAAUGGUCCAUCUUCUAAUUACCGAGGGAUCAACGGACAAGAUUGUCUCCGUUGACAAUUUUGACGAUUUCAAGUAUUCUAUGCUGAUUUUCCCUUCAAUCCUACCUGUCAAUGUUCACUCCCCCACGUACUGGGGCCCAUUCCCCAUGCAUCACUAUUCUGGACGCGUCCGAUUGUACAAAAGGUAUCACACCAUUUCGGCAAUGCAAAUUGGGGUGAUUAUCAACGAUGCGGACAUUCUGGACAUACUCAAUCUCUCGAUCUUACAUCAUGGUAGUCGGAAGGAGAUAUACAGACAUACAUUCAUUACUGCUUGUUUAGCAGCAGAUGAAGGUAUGAUACACAAGCUCUUGAACAUGGACAUCGAGAUACUAGAUGAUGACACGUGGGUGAAUUCGGCCUUUUGCGCGCUAGCAUGGAUCUCGGAUUGCCGAAUAGCACGUCUAUUGCUCCAUAAUGGACUCGUACCACGAUGGAGCCAGAGAGCUUUCGUUUCUCCCGUCCAAGUGGCAGCAUUACAUGGUAAUGCAGAACUCAUAGAGUUGCUCCACUCGUAUGAGUGCGACGUCAAUCGUUGCCCAAACAGGGAGUUAGUCACCGUUUUUCCUGGGCCCUUCUACAUGGACAUAUUGAUGGGGCACUGGAGACCGCUCGAUUGUGCAAUACGCUUCAGACACAGCCAGUCAGCGCUCGUUUUAUUGCGACUUGGUGCCUGGUUGUCUGAUACUACGCUCUCUCUUGCAAUUCGGUUUGGAAAUGAUGAGUUAGUCAUUAAUUUGCUAUCUAGAGAUGCAAGCAUCGCACACGGGAGUGGCGAACGAUCUCUAAUUCUCACUGCCAUUGAGCAACGGAGGGGAUUAAUCUGCAUAAGCAGACUAUUUCAAGCCGGUGCAGGUAUUGGGCGUGACGAGCUUGUUGAAGCUGUUCGGCAAAACCAACAAGACGUUAGUGAAUAUCUCCUAGCUUCUGGAGCCAACAUUCUGGCACCUGGCACAAAUGGGACCACCGUGCUGGAGACCGCAGCCCAGGCCGGAAACUUCCGAUUGAUACAAAGAUACAUUAACAGUGGCGGGCACUACAACUCAAAGGCACUUCAACGGGCUGUUUAUAAAUACCAAGGCACCUCUGACCACUGCAUGGUUCAAUAUCUGUUCCAAUGCCGACCCCCGGGAGCCCUGGACGCUGCUGAGGUGAGUAUGUUUGUACAGUCCAUAUUGACGAAAGAUCACAUACUUGUGGAAAUGUUUCUUGAUCUCCGGCCUGAACUUUUCUGGUACGAAUCCUGGCCUAGUGGACCGCAAGUCUUAAGUUGUGGUCGAAUUAGGCUUCAAGACUUUGAGCGAGUAGACAAGCGCUGGGUCUCACCAUUAUGGGCCGCGGCCUACAUGCAACAAGAACAACUUGUGAAUGAAUUAAUUCUCCGCAAGCACCCACCUGAUCAUUUUCUACUUGAAUCAGCACUUUUCAAUCAAGAUUUCGCCAGCAAGGAGAUGCGGCAGCGGCUGGGCACGGCGUAUCCGCUUGCAUCAAUCAAAGACGAGGAAUUAGGUCACAAACUCCUCAUGUCUGCAAUUCGUCUGCAUGCUGAGCCUGAGCUUUUCCAACAGCAAAUCGUCAGCCUCAAUUCCUUCGACUUUGUUUAUGGCGAAUAUGUAGAUGAUUCUCGAACGCCAUUGCAGCUCGCUGUGGAGUUUGGGAAGCUUGGAUGCGCCAAAGUCAUCUUGGAAUCUGGAAGCAACAUCAACGCGCCGGCAUCGGGUGUAUCUGGAAUGACGGCGUUACAGGCUACAGUUUACGUAAAGAACAUCGAGAUGGCAACACUCCUCCUCGACUCCGGCGCUGAUGUUAACGCAUCAGCAUCAGUUUCCCAUGGUCAUACAGCCUUGCAAUUUGCGGUCCGGAGCAGCAAUCUUGAGAUGGUAAUUCUCCUUCUUGAGCAUGGCGCGGACGUCAAUGGACUGCCUUCGAUGCAAUUCGGCAUGACAGCCAUCGAAAUAGCAGCGCGACGCGGACUCAUUGACAUAUCAGCAUUACUUCUGCAGCACCUAAACGUUGAGGGGGCUUUGAGAAUACACUUUGUCAGGGCCGUGCGAUUCGCCGAAGACCAAUGCUACAGUGCUAUUGUAGCGCUCCUGAAGAAGCAUGGAGGCUGGACGGAAGAAGAUCGUCGGCUUGCGGCUAGCCCAAAAGCCACCAUAGGGGAUCAUACAUGUCCGAGAUUCCUUUAUGGUGACGAGUCCUGGAAUGGAGAAUGCCCUCAGUGUAAAUUUACGGGUUCUUCGGAUUCAUCGUCAGCGCCCAAUUCCUCUGGUGAUGAUGACAGCAUCAAUCUUCAGUUCUCUGACUCUAACGGGAUUGAAGAACAGGAAAUGCAGUCUGGGAUGCACCUGCUAGACGAUGACUUCACAGUAUUGCAGUACCCGCUGGAGGAAUCGAUCUUGGGGGAUACAGAAGUGACCCCUACAAUUUUCGCUCCUUAUGAUUCCACGGAUAGGUGGCUGGAUGACCUUGCCAGGGACUACAUCGACAGUCUUGUGUAG